AUGUUGAGGAUCUUUAAUAGGCCUUCGCUUCUUCUUUGCAAGAAUGCGUCUAGGUCAAUUUAUAAGAACACUCAAUUUCAGCAACGCUCCGGGGUAGCCACAUUCAAUAAAUCAACUAAUUAUCACGAACGAUAUUUCAAGUCUCUACCAUUCAUUUCUCUCGCACUUGCCGGUGCAUUGUAUUGCUCUACAUCUAUAAAUAAUGAACAACAAUUUCCAAAGCCGAUUCGCCCAAGCAAUACAGCAGAGAAAAAAGUUCUUGACAUGCCGAAGGGUACUGAUUUGGUGAGUAGGAGCCUUACUGAUCAUCCUGAUGCAGAAACAUUUGAAAUUGGAUUAUUUUUGACUUCUCAAGAAGAGUAUCGUAGGGAAUUGGCCCAGGAUAGGGCUCAGGAAUUGCUGAGGUGCCCUAAGAUAUUCAAGUGGGUAAUAAGAUUGAAAUUUUUCGUUUCUGACUAUGUUAUGGAGCCAAUACUUACUGGAGUGAGAUUCAUAGAACUCUCAAUGAUUUUUCUCCCGGUGAUUAUUGGAUAUCCAAUAAUUAGUAUCCUUGGACCUAAAGUGAAAAACAAGGGGGAUAGAUGGGGAAAGCUUGUAUGGAAUAAGUUUUUUAAAUAUUGUCUUGAAUUGGCGGGACCAUGUUUUAUCAAGAUGGGUCAAUGGGCUGCUUCUAGAACUGAUAUUUUCAGUAAAAACUUCUGCCAUGAGUUGGAAAGUUUACAUCUGAAUUCCAAACCUCAUUCUUUUCCGCAAACGAAAAAAAUUAUCGCUGAUAGCUUUGGAGCCGAACUUGAGUCAGUAUUCGAAGAGUUUGUGGAAAAGCCUAUCGGAGUAGGAUCAAUUGCUCAAGUACAUGUAGGGAAACUUAGCGAAGCUUACUUGAGAAGAGUUGAAGGAGAGGUUGGGGAAAUCGAAAGGGAAAGAAGCAAAACCAUGUUGGAUGAAAGCUAUUCGGCAAAACUCCUAGACGAAUUGAAAGAAAGAUUCAGUUUAUACAAGUAUCAUCGUCCAAAAUCACAUCAAUGGGUGGCAGUAAAAGUAAUGCAUCCAGGGGUUGAAGAAAAGAUUGAUCGUGACUUGAAGAUAAUGUCCUUUUUCGCUAAUAUUAUUAAUCUAGUCCCUACAAUGGAAUGGCUUUCUUUUCCUGAAGAAGUGCAACAAUUUGCCAUGUUCAUGAAGUUACAAUUAGAUUUGAGAAUUGAAGGGGUCAAUUUAAACAAAUUCGCCAAGAAUUUCGAACAUAAAGAAAUCAGAGAAAAAUAUAACUUAAUUAAUAAAGUGAAAUUGCAAAUCAAGUUCCCAAAACCAUAUUUGAAGUGCUCUAAUCGCCAUGUUCUUGUGGAAGAAUAUAUGCAUGCUGUGCCAAUAGCAACGAUCUUGGAAUUAACAGAUAUGGUUAAAGAAAGAUUAGCAGAAAAUAACGGCAAGGACAAAACUCAAGAGAAAAAUUUUAUGAAACUCAACAAAAUCUUGUCUAAUGAAAUCCUCGACAGUUUCCUACAAAUGCUAAUCCUUGAUAAUUUUAUCCACAGUGAUCUCCAUCCAGGAAACAUUUGUGUGCGAUUCUUUAAAAUUGAUAAAAAUGAUCAGGAGCUUUUUGGGUCUCCUGAAGAUAGUCGUGAAGUGACUCUAGAUAUGCAGACAGUUACGACUGAACUCCUCAAACUUGAUCGUGCAGAUUCAAGCUACGAAGAUUUGUUGAAUUCCUUUAAUAAACUCUUUGAGGAAGGUUACAGACCAGAAGUUUGCUAUCUAGAUGCUGGGCUUGUUACCGAGCUUAAUAAUCAUGACAGAGUAAAUUUUCUUGAGCUUUUCAAGGCUUUAUCUAUGUUUGAUGGCUACCGUGCUGGGGAACUUAUGGUUGAAAGAUCCAGAAAUCCUGAGGGUGCCAAGGACCCCGAGAUCUUUGCCCUUAAAGUACAAAGACUAGUGGAUACCGUCAAAGAUCGAGCUUUUACUCUCGGAAAUAUUAGUAUUGGUGAUCUAUUGGAUAAAAUGCUCGGUAUGGUUCGUUAUCAUCACGUGAAAAUGGAACCUGAUUUUGUGAAUGUGGUUGUUGCAAUAUUAUUACUCGAAGGAAUUGGUCGUCAAUUAGACCCUGAAUUAGAUCUUUUCGCAAGUGCAAUUCCAAUUCUCAGAAGAGUCAAUGUCAAAGACGCCAAGCUUUUGGCGGGAUCUCUGACUACAGCCGAUAUCUUAAGAUUUGCUCUUAUAUGGGCAGCUCUUGAGACGCGUCAAUUGAUCCAUGCUACAAUUCAAGAUAUAUACUAUCUCGUCUGUACCGACGGGCUUGCACCGAACCACUGA